UGUUCGGAUAUGUUAAAAUGGCAAUGCUAAUACUGACUGAUAUGCGAAGGAAAUAAUUAAACAAUUGAAGGACACUCCAUUACGGUUAAAAGUAAUCCGUUAAAACUGACGGUUGGCACCCAAAAUGGGCACUACCCAUACCCCUUGGGUUUUCAGGACCGCCCACAGCUACCCAAUUACCUCUCGAUGGCCUCCUCUCCCCGGGGCCAAGAUCAGGAUAGACUUUUCUCGUGUUUUUGCAAAUGAUGUGUCUUAACGAUCACCAGUCAUGACGAAUAUAUCGCAUGUGAAAGCUAUUCCGUAAUGUAGAGAUCAGAACGAGAUUUACCAAAACAUGGCGCAGACAGUCAGGAGUUUCUAGUCUCGUUUACGCCGGAGACCUCGGUAAUCUGCAAAAAAUAACGCCUGCAAAAGUGAAAUGAGGGUAAAAACCGUCGGAGACAGCGCGUACGUGACUGGAAACGGAAUUUAAAAGCAUUAGCAGGAAACGCCUUGAGUUUCUUUUAUGCCCAUGUGAUCAUUUUAGAGGCGCUUAGGCCAAGUGGCUUCCACAGUCAUGCCAAAACUUUAGGCCAAUAGAGACAUGUGGAGGGGAAAACUGCUUAGCUGCGCCAUCAUUGGUGAAUGGUUCUUCAAUUUAUUAGAAAUACGCACGGCCUAGAGACCUCAUGUUGAUGCGCACAAGUGAAUGUUUCUCAAAAGUGAUAUGACGCCUCUGAGGAUCUCGAAAACUAGACCGUGUUACUGACUCUGGAGGUUCCGAGUGAUUUGAAAACACCUCGACCGCUUAUUUAGAAAACCUAAUUAUUGAAUGAUUUAGCAAUCCCGUGCCAUUAUCAUCGAGCAGGAUGUCCAGGUCCUUCCUAAUUCGAGACCUGCUUUGGGGCCACAAGCGUCCGGUAGACACCGAUAGCCAGCAAGAGCAAGUAGGCCUAGACCUCACGAUCAACCGGUGCAAUUCUUCGACCUCCUCCGAUGUAGCCGCCCGACGAGAACAUUUCCCUCUCUCCCAUGAACCUCGAAAUUCGCUUGACGAAGGGCGUCCCAACUUCCAGGUCAUUCGCAACCUCUCUGAUAACUUCCUGCCGGAAGGCCACGCCUUCAGGAGAGACGCGGAAUCUUCCGCAGGGGACGAUCAGCACCGGCCGUGUUCGUGUCAGCCGGAAUCGGACGAAGACAGCCGUACCUCGGGUAGAGAGAAGGAUGCGACUAAAGCCGAUUUCUUUAGUGCCACGUCCGACUACGAGCGGCUUUCUUUGCCCAUGCCAAAGGCUCUGGCGAAGAUGCCCCCGGUUCUACCGACAACGGCGGCUACCGCCGCCGCCGCUGCUGCCGUAGCUUUUCUCCAGACGAAGGCGUCUACAUCGUCGCCGCUUCGAUCAGACAAACCUCCAACUCACCCUCCUCCUCCUCCUCCCCCGCCCCUCAUACCAAACGUCUCCUGCGCCUCUUUCAGCGGCGGAGGAGGAAGCGCCCGUCCGGCCCUUCGCUCCCCUUCGGAUAAGACCUACGGGUGCCCACUCGUGGACGACCACAGGCGGUUCCUGCCCCUUCACAUGCGAAGUGGAGGGAGACCGGUGUACAGUCCGAUACCCUCCUUCAUGGCGGCCUUGCCCCGCCAUCACCCACACCACCAUUACCUCUGGGCAGCUCAGUAUUCGUCGCUGCUUUCGUCGCUCCCUUUGCAGGCGGCUGUUCGUAAUUCCACAAUCAUCUCCCCUUUGCGAAAUGGAAGACACGGAAGGAAAUAUCAUAAUUACGAAGUGACAAGUCCAAGUAACCCACGGGGUAGUGGAAAUAGCUCUCCCGUCCCGGUACCUGUUCCUGUCUACGUCAGGACAAGACCCUCAGCCAUGCCAGACACCUCCACCAAGAAGUGCAGGAGGUCAAGGACUGUGUUCACAGAACUCCAGCUGGUAGGUCUGGAACGAAGAUUCGAGGCCCAAAAAUACCUGAGCACUCCUGACCGCGUUGACCUGGCCAGGUCUCUCGGCCUGACCCAGCUCCAGGUCAAAACCUGGUACCAGAAUAGGAGGAUGAAGUGGAAGAAGCAGGUAAUGCAGGACGGCAGCAAGGAGCCCCCGACGAAACCCAAGGGACGCCCUAAGAAGAAUUCGGUGCCCUCCUUCGCCGAACUUCAGAGGAUGAGGGAAGAGGAGCGGCUGAAGGCGGCGCCUGAAGUCUCCCACCCGGCUGCCGAGGCCUCCGCCUCUUGGCCAGCGGGCUCCGAGGAAGGCCCUAGGCCUAGGAGCCAAGAGGAAGAGGAAGAAGAGGAGGAAGAGGAAGAGGAAGAGGAGGAGUACGAAGAGGAAUACGGAGAAGAAGAAGAAGAAGUGGAGGAUGAUAACGCGGAGGUGGAGAAGAGAAUGGCGGGAAUAGGCAUGGAAGUGGAGAGAGGAGAAGCCAGUUUUCGUAGAGUCAAUAGAGAAAAGGAUUAACUGCUGUCGGAGGCGGCUGGCUGGCUUUAUGCCAGCACGGACCUCUGUCCCCAGACGUCCCACGAGUGGGUUAAGGUCUUAAAGGGAAUGGCAGACCUCAUGUGGACCUCUGGACUCCUCAAACCAGGUUAAGAAGCUACGUGAAAGUGGUUUACGAACGAACAUAAACAGUGAUUUUUGACGAUCCAAUAUUUAGCUUUGUCAAUUAUCAUUUUAUCAUUUCGCAGAUGGAAUGUUGAGCGCAAAAUAAAGAUUAUAACUAAAUAAUUAAUGUCAUUUGGUGAUUAGUAUCUUAAUCAUGUUUAUUAUUUUCAUUCUGAUUUACAUAACCCUAGUCUUUCAGUUUGUAAUUUUUCUGUGUAAUCUUAGAAAAUCUCUACAUAAAACAAUGUGCGUUACAUGUUAUAUAGUUAUUCAGGCUUUCUGUAUUAGUAGUGAAUAGAAAAAUACACAAAUAGACUUUUUGAAUUACAAACAUCAGGUAAUUCAUCAAUUUAAAAAAUGUUUCAUGUUUUGAAGAUAUAAACUUUAUAAAAAUGCUUUGUAAACUAAAAUCACAACGUAGAUCAUCAGUAUACAUUUGUGCCAUUUGUUUGUUUGUUUUUUAUGUAAAAUUAAUUUUGACAGUUGCAAGGAAAGAAUUCCUUCAUUUCAAUGUUCUAUUAUUAUUUUUUUCCUUCCGAUGAAAUUCAUUUUCCUAUGUAACGAUUAUUAUUAUUAUUAUUAUUGUUAUUAUUAUUAUUAUUAUUAUUAUUAUUAUUAUUAUUAUUAUUAUUAUUAUUAUUAUUAUUAUUAUUAUUAUUAUUAUUAUUAUUAUUAUUAUUAUUAUUAUUUGACUGUUGUAGUCGUAAUGAAGUAUAUUAAGUGAACUUUUGUAAAUGUUGCCACUUGUUAAAUAAAGGAAUACGAAUGAAUGAUGAGAAG